CUCAGGAAAGAGGGAACCUUGUUGUGCAGGCUCUGCAAUUAGUUCCUAGCUCGUCACUGGUGAUAUAAUCUAAACUGUGCAGUUUGCAAAGAGAGAUUUGAGCUGAUUUGGCCUGUUUUGCCCAUGUCUUGUUGCAAUGGGAGCUGGGAAGGUGCUUUCCCAGCAUUGUAUCCGGGUCGCUGCUGGUUUGAUCGCAAUGAGCCUGGAGACCGGGGAGUCUGAGCAGCGCCCUGCCCGGGACGUGUACUCUCUGCCCAUCAAAUUCAUGCUGACCGCCUGCGCCGCGGCUGUGGCUGAGACAGUGACUUUUCCAUUUGACUUGACUAAAACAAGACUUCAGAUCCAAGGAGAAUCUGCUGCCCAUCAUUCUAGAGGCAGUAAAAGAGUAACGCCUAAUCGGGGAAUGAUUCAAACAGCAGCUGGAAUCGUGAAGGAAGAGGGCCUGUUCAAACUCUGGAAUGGUGUUACUCCUGCCAUCUGCAGACAUAUAGUGUAUUCAGGAGUAAGGAUGGUUGCCUAUGAGCAACUCCGUGAUUCUGUACUUCACAAGGAUGAAGAUGGCUAUUUCCCACUGUGGAAAGCUGUGGUAGGAGGAAUGCUGUCUGGUACUAUUGGUCAAUUUUUUGCCAGCCCAACUGAUCUGGUCAAAAUCCAAAUGCAGAUGGAAGGGAGGCGAAGGCUUGAAGGAAAACCACCGAGAGUUCAUGGCGUCUUCCAUGCUUUUAAGAAAAUUCUUUCAGAAGGUGGAAUCCGAGGUCUGUGGGCUGGAUGGGUUCCAAAUGUACAGAGAGCUGCACUAGUGAGUCUGGGAGAUCUAACAACGUAUGAUACAGUGAAACACUUCUUACUACGACACACAAGUCUGAAAGACAACAGCUUAUGCCAUGGCUUAUCAAGAUUAGACUUACAGUGUGGAAACAGGCCCUUCGGCCCAACAAGUCCACACCGACCCGCCGAAGCGCAACCCACCCUUACCCCUACAUUUACCCCUUACCUAACACUACGGGCAAUUUAGCUUGGCCAAUUCGCCUGACCCGCACAUCUUUGGACUGUGGGAGGAAACCGGAGCACCCGGAGGAAACCCACGCAGACACGGGGAGAACGUGCAAACUCCACACAGUCAGUCGCCUGAGUCGGGAAUUGAACCCGGGUCUACAGGCGCUGUGAGGCAGCAGUGCUAACCACUGUGCCACCGUGCAGACUUUUUUUCUCUUUAUGGUUCUGUACUGCAAAGAAAUUCUAAAAUUGUCAUUUUUAAAUUGCAGCCCAUUUCAUGUCAAAUGAUUAUUAGAUAACUUGUAUGUUUAAUUUGGCUCUGUAUAUUUUUCUAGUUCUGUAUCUUGGUCAUGCUCUCAGGUCUUUUUAUUUUUCUAGAAAGACCUUUGUUGCCAUUUCCAUUGCUGUAGUGUUGUAGGGAUGGGAUGGAUUUGGAAUCCUUUCAACCAAGUCAAAGACUGUUUCUUCCCCUUAUGGUGUUACUGUUUCUUUCACAUUUCCUCUGUCCCCACUGAGCUCAUUUGCUGCUGCAGCUACCAGUGUGUUUCCUGCUGGCUAUGUUAAUACAACUCUUUCGUUUGUCAGAGUUAGCAAUGGCCAGAUUUCCCUCUGACAGCAGUGUUGAGAAAUAUAUUCAUCUUUCCCAGUACAAAGACAGUCCUCUCAAAUUUAAAAUUGUUGUUCAGUUAAGUUGUCAUCCUAAUUCUAAAACUAACUUGUGAUUUUCUUUUUGAGAAAGUUCACAAGGAUUUAUUGCAUUAGCCACCAUCAGAACAGUAAUGAGAAAAAUCUGAGCAAUGAGCCCUUGAAAGAAAGAAUCAAAAGAAUUGACUUUAAAGUUUGUGAAAGAUAUUUAGUCAAUGGAGAAGUGUUAAACUCUGACCAGU